AUGGCAUUCACACCUAUUCCUGAGGCUCUCGAAGCAUACAAGAAUGGAGAAUUCCUCAUCGUCAUGGACGACGAGUCUAGGGAAAACGAAGGAGACCUGAUCAUCGCUGCGGAGCUGGUGACUAGCGAGAAGAUGGCGUUCUUGGUGCGUCACUCGUCCGGCUUCAUCUGUGUUCCACUGUCAAAUGCAAAGGCUGAUGCCCUGGAUUUACCACCAAUGGUUAAAGAUAACCAGGAUAGACACGGAACAGCCUACACGGUGACUGCUGAUGCGAGCGAAGACGUCACCACGGGAAUCAGUGCCCGUGACAGGGCCGUCACGGUGCAGACGAUGGCCAGUGCUAAAUCAACACCGGGGGACCUGCGCAGACCUGGUCACAUAUGUCCACUAAGAGCAGUUGAUGGACUGCUACAGAAGAGACAGGGCCACACGGAAGCUGGUGUCCAGCUAUCGAAACUGGCUGGCUUGCAAGAGGCUGCGUGUAUCUGCGAGCUGGUUAGAGACCAGGACGGGCUAAUGAUGAGACUGGAGGACUGUGAAGAGUUUGGCUCAAAGUACAACAUCAAGAUCAUCACCAUUGAGAGUCUAAUCAAGUACAUAGAGCAGGAAAACCUGUGGUGA